AUUUGGACUUUUGUUUCAGUUUCAUUUCUUAUCUUAAUCGAAUCCCAGCGCAAAUCUUAAUUAAUAUCAGUUUUAGCAGUUAUAUAGCAAGAUGUCGUUGCGUCCACUGGUCGAAGGCGAUUGCGGCGCGGUCAAUCCCUUGAUGCAACUGGGCGGCCAGUUCAAUCGAGAUGUUGCACGCAAGGAUGAGGGUUUUGCAACGACACAGUUUGAGCGUAGCAUGCGUCCCGAUGAUCAACUGGUCAAUGAGUUUUUGGGCCAAGUUGCAGCACCUCCACAAUCCUUCCAAAUGGAUGCACUGCUGCAGGAAAUGCGAGAUAUCAACAUUCCAGGUCCCGCACAUCCACAACAACGCGAUGAGCUUUCUGGCCAGUGGAGCAGAGACUUUGCACGAUUCCAGCAACCAAUGCCUGAUAAGCUGGUGGAGAUGCAGGCACAACAGUUGCAGCAUGCCCAGGAGUUCUUUAACGAACCCCUGAUGAACAGCCCGAACUUUAUGCCACCACAAAUGAUACGCCAGCCUCAUUUGGCCUUGACAGCUGCACCGGCCACAGAACAAAUAACUGAUGCUUUUUUUGAUGAAAACAUUGAGACUAUAAGCACAGACCAACUUCCAGUUGCCGACUCUGUAGAUAAUUGGAUCAAUGACUAUCAUCGCAACAAGGACCAGAGUGACCAAACUGCUGCUAAUUUCAAUGAAAAGUUUUGGCAACGUCUGCAGGACGAAUGGCAAAAGUUAGCCGACGAAAACGAGCAUCCUUGGUUAUCCGAUCAUAACGAAAAUCUAGAUGCGUACAAGGAAUAUGAAUUCGCUGAACAAAAUCCCAUGUCCGAACUGGAAAAUGCUUUUGAAAAGGGCAAGGAGUAUCUAACAAAAGGCGACAUACCCAGCGCAGUGCUUUGCUUUGAAGUUGCCGUCAAAAAGGAGCCUGAACGCGCUGAGAUCUGGCAGUUGCUAGGUAUCUCGCAGGCUGAGAACGAAAUGGAUCCCCAAAGCAUUGCCGCUUUAAAGCGUGCCUUAGACUUGCAGCCAGAGAAUCGUGAAGUAUUAAUGGCGCUGGCUGUUUGCUAUACCAACGAAGGACUCCAAAACAAUGCAGUGAAAAUGCUUUCCAAUUGGCUGCUGGCGCAUCCACAGUACAAACAACUGCUGGCUGAUUAUCCAGAGAUGCAGUCAGAAGCCACCUCGCUGGCUAGCUCCUUGAUAGGUGGCAAUAAACUACGCGAUCUGCAGCAAAUAUAUUUGGAUGCAGUACGUCUGCAACCUGCUCAGGUGGAUGCGGACAUACAGGAAGCCCUGGGAGUGCUCUAUAAUUUGUCGGGUGAAUUUGACAAAGCAGCAGAUUGUUAUCGUGCCGCAUUGCAAGUGCAGCCUGAGAAUGCCAAGGUAUGGAAUCGCUUGGGUGCCAGUCUGGCCAAUGGUUCGCGUUCAGUGGAGGCUGUGGAAGCCUAUCAACAGGCGCUACACCUGCAGCCAGGCUUCAUACGUGUACGCUACAAUGUGGGUGUCUGUUGCAUGAACCUGAAGGCUUACAAAGAGGCCGCCGAGCAUUUGCUUACAGCUCUCACUAUGCAGGCACAUACGAAUGCAGCGAGGGAACUUCCCAAUGCUCAAGCGGCCAUGGGUCAAAAUCAAAUGUCUGAGUCGAUUUGGAGCACGCUGAAGAUGGUUAUUUCGCUUAUGGGACGCAGCGAGCUUCAGGGUUAUAUAAGCGAACGGAAUCUGUCGGCGCUCAAUGAGGCCUUCAAGGAUUGACAGGAGCUCGAGUGUUUUGUAUAUAAUUUCGUCUACAUUUCCGUCUCUUUUUGUUUUUACAAUUGUUGUAUUCUUUUAUUUUCUAUGCCUAAGCUAAACACAUUAAAUUGCUAUCGUUGAAUAA